UUGGAACUUAGUACUGAUAUCAAUAAUUUGAACGUACCCUGUUUGCGUCGCCAUUUUUGACAGCUGUUGACUGUUGGGCGAAAAGUCGUUAUUUUUCAAGAGUUGAACGGUCGCAAAAACUUUGUUUUCGUAUUUGAUAUUAUUGGAAAUGUGGAUAUUGUUGGAAUUAUAAAUAGUUUGCAUUAUAUUCGGAAAUUAAGGCCGUUAGUGCUACAAAAUGAGUUCAGCAAACUCAGAUUCAGGGCCAAGCAUCACUCUCUCGCUGGUGGCACAAUUCGAUGAUUUGAACCGCUUGAAUAAUGUGCUAAACGAUGGAGCGGUAGAAGAAUGUUUCCUGGCAUUUUUAAAACAAAUAGAAUGGCUGCAAAGCCAGAGGGCGUCGGCUGAGGCAGAAGCAGCUCGGCUCCAAGCUGAGCUGGACGAGGCACAUCAAACCAUAACCAAGUCAGAGACAAAAUUUGCUCAUGUCAGGAAACUACUAGACAGUGAGAAGAGAGAACGAAAUAUUAUAAUGAAGAAAUAUAAUGAAUUGAGCAAACUGCUAGACAUGGCUCGCGACCUGCUCUUUAAUGAUAACAGAGCCAAGCUGAAUGAUGAGACGCUACAGAAGCUGGCAUUCUUAAAUGGCACCGCUCAACAGGACCACAAUGCCAAGCUCACUGGCGUGCCAGAACUCAAUUCCACAGGUACGCUGCUGUCAGAGAUGUCGUACUCCCGUUCAGAGGACGACUUGGACCUGUCGCUGGCGUCGACGCGUCGCUCGUGGGUGCAGCGCGGCGCGUGGAACGCUCGCGAGAACGUGCCCGCGUCCAAGAAGCGACGCUCGUCAAACUCCUCCGCUACUAAGACAGUGGAGCUGCAGGGUGGCAAGGUGCUGGCCACCGCCACCACGACGCUGACGCUGGAGCGCGCGCCCACCACGCAUGACCUCAAGCCGCCACAGAACUUCCAACCCAUAUCGGAGAGCAGUGACGAGGGUCCGCCGCCACGUAAGUCGUCGGCGCGUAUGUCGGGCAACAUGCAGCCCACGGUCAAGCAGGAGCCCUGCACGCCCAGUGCACCGCCGCGCUCCGAUAUAGAGUCUGCGUCGGACAGCCCGGCGGGUGUGGCGAGUGGUGUGAAGCGCGCGGCGUCGGUGAUCUCGGCGGCGUACGGCUCGCCGCGGAACCGUCUGCGGCAGCACUGCUUCGUCGCCAAGAACUUCUACAAGCGCGAGACCUGCGGACCCUGCGGGAACACUAUAAAGUUCGCGAAGUCUGGCCUGAAGUGCGAGAACUGUCGCGCGCAGACGCACCCCGAGUGCCGCGCGCUGCUGCCGCUGCCGUGCGUGCCGCCCGCGCCCGCGCGCCGGCACAACAACCAGGUGGGGUCUAUAGCGGACUACGCGCCGAGCACUCCGCCGAUGGUGCCGGCGCUGCUGGUGCACUGCGUCAACGAGGUGGAGAAGCGGGGCCUCAGCGAGAGGGGCAUCUACCGCAUCAGCGCCACUGAGAAGGAGGUCAAGAGGUUGAAGGAACGUUUCCUAAGCGGUUGCGGCUCGCCGUCACUAACCCAUGAGGAUAUCCACGCGAUAUGCGGCUGCAUCAAGGACUUCCUGCGCGGUCUACAGGAGCCGCUGGUGACUCACGCUCUGUGGUCGGACUUCAUGGCGCUGGCGAGCGUCAGGGAACAAAGCGACGCCGCGGCCGCCGCGCUCCACGCGGUGUCGCAGCUGCCGCAACCCAACAGGGACACACUCGCCUUCCUCGUGCUGCAUCUACAGAAAGUAGCCGAAAGCCCCGAGUGUGACAUGCCAAUUCUCAACGUGGCUAAAGUGUUUGGCCCUACAAUAAUAAGCUUUGGCAUUAUGGAUCAAACGCCAGAGAUGUACGCAGCCACUACACAGAUGAUCCAAGCGAUGCAGCUGCUGCUCCAAUUACCGAGCGACUAUUGGUCGCAGUGGGCGUGUCCCAACGCGGAGCUCGGCUCCCCGCACGGCGGCACCAUGACCAAGUCCAGGGGAUUCUUCUUUUCACCGGCGGACACUGGUGUUACGCGGAAGAAGAAACACUAUUUCCAGUAUCAGAAAUAGUUAAUUUAGUUCGUUUCACACUCAACAUUUAUGUUAACCAGUUUUUGUACAUUGCUAGUUAUUUAAUUAUUUAUCUUUAAGCAUGGAAAUAGUUAUGUUUCCAAAUAUUUUUGACUAACCUGUGUUAUUUAAUUUUAUAUAUUAUCCAUAUUAGUGGUUAGGAAAUCGUACUAUCCGAAAUAAAUAAUAAUAAAAUAAAAAUCUAUUAUCAUCUUUUCGUUGUUUGGUCAGGGCCGCAUUUAGCGAUAACUUUUGGGGUCUUGACCCCCCGUAAAAUUUUAAGCGCGAAAAUUAUAAAAAAUUCGAACUAAAAUUUUUUGCGAGUGUAAUAUUUAAUUUGUACGAGUUAGUAAGUCACAAAGAUAGAGUUAUAGUUUGUUAAAUAAAUUUUCGUAAAUCAUUAAUAAUUGUCUUGUUUUAAGUUUGUAGCUAUGAUUUUUUUGUUCAGUAUUUGCGUUUAUUCGCAUAUUUAUAAUAUCAGUCUUUAAAAAAAAGUUACACAAUAUACUAAAUAUUGAAAACUUGUAAAAUACAUCACAAAUUGAAAAUAUUAAGUAAAUUAAUUAGUUUUAAAGUCUUCUUGCUAGUACUUUACUUCACAUUUUCAUCUCAACAAAAUGCACUUUACAUCCUAAAAUAGUUGAUAUAUUGUUUUUUGGUCGUAACAUAUUGUACUUAAUUACUUUAUGACAUACUUAAUGUUAGUUGUAAGUUGUUUUUUUUUUCUUACUUUACAUGUUUGUCUUUUGGGUUUAAUUUUUUGGUGAUAAUUAUUUAACAGUAGGCAAUUGCCUACUGGUCAAUGCUGGUAUAUGCCUUUGUAUUUCCCAUGAUAUGAUGGCGACAAUUUACCAUAAUGAAAAUCAGGCUGCUAGUGCCUUCGUUGAUAACAAAAAAUAAGUAGUUAUAUAUUUUGUAGAAAAAUAUUUAAUAUAAUCAUCAACUCAAAAGAUAAAUUGUUUUUUUUAGUUAAUUAUUUAGUUCAGUUAUUAUAUUAGUAUAUGUUUCCGUUAUAGUGACGUCACACCACCGCCUACGAUGACUGUCUGUCUGUACAAAGGCAUCUAUUUGUUUUUUUUUUUCUUAUAAGACAUUAACAUAUAUGUAGAUUUUACAGUUAGAGAAUGAAGUAAUAUUCAAUGGAGUAGAAGUUAUAGAUAUUUGAUCAUCCUACUUUGCGUUGAAUUUUGAAACAUCCUAUAUAAGUACAGUUAGUUUGUAUUCCCAUGUAAAUGCUUUAAAAUAACCAGUAAUAUAAUAAAUAGCGCCUCUCAUUUAUUCCUUAGUUUAAAGUUGUAUAUUAUCCUUAAUAAGUUGUAUUAUUAUAUCGAUAACUGACAAUGUUUCUGUAUUUUUUUUUGUCGAACAAAAAUUAAGAUGUAACUUCUAUGAUAUACGACCACAUUCCCCAUCGUCUUUAUGAUAUUCAUAGAAAAAGUAUAGAAAAAAAUCCUUUUAAUAAAUAGGAUCUCUAAACAAUAAUUACUUGAAAUAUAAAUGAGAAAAACACAACUAUUCAAUCUCUUAAAUUAACUUAUCCAGUGUUAAUCUAUAAGUCUUGUUUACUAUAUAAACACGCAGCUAGUAUUUAACUGUGGUCCUUAUCUAAAAAAAAAUAUAUAUUUGGCUCAAAAGGCGUAUAUAAACUACCGUGUAAUAUAUUUCAUUAGUUUAUCAGUUAUUAUUUUUCUAUUCAUCUCUUCUAUAUAUAUUUUGUAAAUUGUAUUAUAUGCCAUUACAAAGUAUAAUAUAUUCAUAGACUACUUCAUAAUUAUAGUUUUUGUGUUAUCGUUAGAAUAAACGUAUACGCUCGCUUUUAUAAGAAUGUGUCUAGAUUAGCGAGCGCAUUAUUUUAAGCGACAAGACGCUUACAUUAUCCCUUUGUGUAUCUGCAUCACGCUAUUACUGUUUCGAAAUUGUAGGACAUUGUAGGUAGCUAGUAAAGUCUCAUCCUCUUAUUCAUAGAUGUUAUUUCUCUGAAGACUGAUCAUUGCUGUGAUAACAAAUGUUUCUCAGUGCUGACGGCAUGGCAGCCUUCGCAGUGCGUACACCUAUGUGUACGGCCCUAUGGGCGUUGUGAUUGGCUAAUAUUGAGAUACAACUUGAAUCCAGUUAGCUGUCAGAUAAACAAAGCUGAACAAACAGCAAGCUGUCAGAUAAACAAAGCUGAACAAACAGCAAGCUGUCAGAUAAACAAAGCUGAGAAACAGACUUGAUAUCACAGCAAUGCUCCGUCCUUAGAUAAUUAACGUCUAUGAAUAAGGGUGUCUGAAUAUAAAGCACAAUGCUAUGCAGUACUAAAUGAAAAAAGUCGUGGAUCACAUUGUUACUGCUUAUGGAUGGGUUUAAAAGCUUAUUAAGCAUACCACCUGUUCGUCUGAUGAUUUCAUUGUAUAAAAAUAGGGUUUAUUAUUCCUUGCACUCGCCAAUCUUGACACUGUCUUAGCUUUUAAUAUCUAAUAAAAUAUGUAAUGCUCUCGGGUGUAGUUAGUAUUUCUUAACAGGAACACUAAGUUUCUGCAAAUUAAAUGUAUUCCACAUCACAUUCAACCUAGUCAUUGACUAGUAUUAAGUUUACUCUUUAUUUGCAGAUUUAGAAAUAAUCGGGGGAUUAUGCGAUUGAAGCAUUAUAUACUUUGUUAGGAGUGUGAGUUAUUAUUUAAAAUGUUAAAAUGUAUU